AUGCGUCUAGAUCUUCUUUUGUGUAUUCUUUUCCCCGUGACUGCUCUCGCCGCCUCCCUCGGGCCGGGACUUUCGAACGACCAACUAAAUUACGUGAAAGAUGACCCCAAAAUCACGCACCUUGUUUCGUUUGAUAUCGCCGGCAUCGAUACCAAGGGCAAAGCCGAGCCUCUUGGCACGUUGGAGUUGGCGCUUUUCGGAGAAAAGUUGCCGAUCACGGUAAACCACUUUGUAGAGUAUGCACUGAGCAAAACCAACGGCUACCAAAACUCCAUUUUCCACCGUAUCGUGAAGGACUUUGUCGUUCAAGGAGGCAACUUGAUGAGAGUCAACCGCGACUACAAACCCAUCGAGUUCACUACCUUUGCAGAUGAGGCCUUUCCACUCAAACACAACAAAAUGGGUCGCUUGUCCAUGGCGAACUCGGGAGCCGAUACCAACGGAUGUCAGUUUUUUAUUACUACCUCGGAGAAGCCAUUUACGCAUCUUGACGGAAAACAUGUGGUCUUCGGACAGUUGAUUCUGGGCUUCGAAACGUUGCAAACCAUGAACAAGGUCGAGACAAUUGAUUCCAAGCCUGUAUCCGAUAUCACCAUCACAAGAUCGCGUGUGAGCAUGGUUCUGUCCACGGGAUCUGCGUUGGGCUCUAUUGAGGAGACCUCGGUGUCUCCUGGUUACAAGUACCUUAUAAUAAUGUGUGGUAUCAUUGUAGCUGCUUAUAUGCUCAUGCGUUACAAGGGGCGUAGAACUCUUGUCGACCUCACCUCGUUCAAGAUGUAA